GGUGACAAGUACUCUCCAGAUGGCGAAGAGGGAAGGGAGGAAAUUGAAAGAAACAAGGAAGAAGUCAUUGAAGUUGAAGAGGUUUGUAUAUUCCUGUUGUAUUGUAAGUUGUUUGUAUGGUUGAACGACGAUAAAGCUUCUGUCGAACGAGAAUGAGAGUUGCAACACUCGCUCGCGUUUGACAGCCGACUCUCAUGUACGCUCAUCAACUUUGAACUGGUUGAAAUUUUGAUGAGAGUUGACGAGCGUUCUCGCUACGCGCGCUGUAAUAUCCAGUCAACUCUCGUUAACUCUCGUGCAACUCUUGUUCUAGUUUGACCGGGACAUGAGAGUUGAGAAAACUCUCAUACAAUCUGUCGCUUCUCAACUCUCAUCAACUCUCGUGUAAGUCUUGUUCUAGCUUGACCGGGGCAAGAGAGUUGAGAAAAGUUUCAUGCAAACUCUCGCUUCUCAACUCUCAUCACAACUCUCAUGCAACUCUUGUUCUCGUUUGACCGUGGCAAGAGAAUUGAGAAAACUCUCAUGCAAACUCUCGCUUCUCAACUCUCAUCAACUCUCAUGCAACUCUUGUUCUCGUUUGACCGGGGCAUGAGAGUUGAAAAAACUCUCAUGCAAACUCUCGCUUCUUAACUCUCAUCAACUCUCAUGCAACUCUUGUUCUCGUUUGACCAGGGCAUGAAAGUUGAGAAAACUCUCAUGCAAACUGUCGCUUCUCAACUCUCAUCAACUCUCAUCAACUCUCAUGCAACUCUUGUUCUCGUUUGACCGGGGCAUGAGAUUUGAGAAAACUCUCAUGCAAACUCUCGCUUCUCAACUCUCAUCAACUCUCAUCAACUCUCAUGCAACUCUUGUUCUCGUUUGACCGGGGCAUGAGAGUUGAAAAAACUCUCAUACAAACUCUCGCUUCUCAACCCUCAUGCAACUCUUGUUCUCGUUUGACCGGAGCGCGAGAGUUGAAAAAACUCUCAUGCAAACUCUCGAUUCUCAUCAAUUGCCAUCCUCGUUUGAGCAGGGCUUCAGUAUAAUAUAUUUUGUUUGUCUAGGUCAGCGAGGAGGACAAGAAGAAAAAGGAAAAGAAGAAAAAGAAAAAAGGCAAAUACCCACAUUGGGUCAUCUACGUCGCUUAUGUUGUGGUCGCCUUAGCAAGUCUCGUGUCGGCGACAUUCACUGUGUUUUAUGGUUUGACUUUCGGUGAGGAGAAAUCCCAGAAAUGGAUCAUGACCAUGAUGAUAUCGUUCUGGCAAGAUGUGCUGAUCUCGCAACCAUUGAAAGUGUUUGCUGCCGCCACAUUCUUCGCUCUGGUUAUCAAGAACCCAGAUAAGGUAGGCAUUGUGCUAGGAAACCACACGAGUCAUAUACAGGAGUCAACUAUCAAGAUGUAUUUACCUAGGAUCACACCUAUGCGUGUGAUCUAAAUUAGCUUUAUGUUAUAUUCGUAAAGUAUUAAGAUUCUCAGUACACUGAAAUGAUUUUUUACUGUUAAAAUAUAGCAUAACAUACAGGGUAAAAUUUUUGAGAUUUUUGGUCUUAUAUUUAGUUCAAAAUCCUUGUUUUUAGUCUUACUCAGUUCAAAAUUCUUAUUUCAAUGUCGUGUAGUUCAAUGAGCAUUUAAAUUUCUGGAGGGGUUGCAAAUUUCUCUAGGUGGGGUGGGAAUACUUUGGGGGGGGGGGUAGAAAAAAGAAUUUUUCUGGGUGCGCACCCCCUGCACCCCAGAAAAUCUGUCUGUAGUGUAUAAGUCCUGAACUACGAUUCUUUUCCUUCAGGCAGUAGAAGAGGAGGAAGAAGACAAGAAAGCGGACAGUCCAGUGAAAGCGGAUGAAGAACUCAUUCACAAUAAGGAAAAGACGGAGGAGGAAGAGUUGGAGGACAUUAAAAAAAUAGCCAUGAUGCCAAAGCAGCCGGACCAAGUCAAACUGGAAGAAAUGAGGCGAUUCAAACUAAAGCAGAAGUUGAUGUACAAGAUAAUUAAAGAGAUUCUCAGUUAUAUGGUAUUUGUAUUGAUCUUGUUGACGGUCGCGUAUGGCAAUCGGGAUUACAAGUCCCAUCACGUGAAUAAUGCCCUGACGUCAUAUUUCAUGGGUGGAACUUACGCUGGCAAGAUGGCAUUGGGUGAUGUAAGUGGAAGUUUACGUUAAUUUUGAUGCCAUCUUUAAAUUAAUUGUAUUCCAUAGUGGGCUAGUUAGGAUAUAUUUGAGAUGAAGAAGGUAUCCCUAUUAGAGGGGUGUCCCUAUUAGACGGAUGUCUCUAUUAGAGGGAUGUCUCUAUUAGGGGGUGUCUCUAUUAGAGAGCUGUCCAUAUUAGAAAGGUGUCUGGGAGGUAUUUGUAUUAUAGAAAUCUCCACAUUAGAGAGGUGUCUGUAUUAGAGAGAUGUCUGUAUUAGAGAGGUGUCCAUAUUAGAGAGGUACCCCUAUUAGAGAGGUAUUCAGAAUGGAGAGGUGUCCAUAUUAGAGAGAUGUCCAUAUUAGAGAGGUGUCUAUAUUAGAGAGAUGUUCGUAUUAAGCCCGUUCUCCACUAGGUGAAUUUGUUUGCAUGAACAGUAUAGUAAAAAAGUGGAACUGAUCCAACUUUUUCGUGGCGAAUAUUUUCGCUGACCAACACAUUGCCAAGAUUUGUUUUUUGCUUCGCGUCGCGCCAAAAAAUCGCCUAGUGGAGAACGGGCUUUAGAGAGAUAUCUGAAUUAGAGAGAUGUUCAUAUUAGAGAGAUAUCUGUAUCAGAGAGAUGACCAUAUUAGAGAGGUGUCUGUAUUAGAGAGGUGCCCGUGUUAGAGAUGUUCGUCUUAGAGAGGUGUCUGUAUUGGACAGAUGUCCGUAUUAGAUAGAUGUCCAUAUUAGAGAGGUGUCUGUGUUAGACAGGUGUCCAUAUCAGAGUGAUGUUCCUAUUAGAGAGGUGUCUGUAUUAGAAAGGUGUUCGUAUUAGAGAGAUGUCCGUAUUAGGGAGAUGUUCAUAUUAGAGAGGUGUCUAUCUGUAUUAGAGAGAUGUCUGAAUUAGAGAGAUGUUCAUAUUAGAGAGAUAUCUGUAUCAGAGAUAUGACCAUAUUAGAGAGGUGUCUGUAUUAGACAGGUGUCCAUAUCAGAGUGAUGUUCGUAUUAGAGAGGUGUCUGUAUUAGAAAGGUGUUCGUAUUAGAGAGAUGUCCGUAUUAGGGAGAUGUUCAUAUUAGAGAGGUGUCUAUCUGUAUUAGAGAGAUGUCUGAAUUAGAGAGAUGUUCAUAUUAGAGAGAUAUCUGUAUCAGAGAGAUGACCAUAUUAGAGAGGUGUCUGUAUUAGACAGGUGUCCAUAUCAGAGUGAUGUUCGUAUUAGAGAGGUGUCUGUAUUAGAAAGGUGUUCGUAUUAGAGAGAUGUCCGUAUUAGGGAGAUGUUCAUAUUAGAGAGGUGUCUAUCUGUAUUAGAGAGAUGUCUGAAUUAGAUAGAUGUCCAUAUUAGAGAGGUGUCUGUGUUAGACAGGUGUCCAUAUCAGAGUGAUGUUCCUAUUAGAGAGGUGUCUGUAUUAGAAAGGUGUUCGUAUUAGAGAGAUGUCCGUAUUAGGGAUAUGUUCAUAUUAGAGAAGUGUCUAUCUGUAUUAGAGAGGCAACCAUAUUAGAGAGGUAUCCGUAUUAGAGAGAUGUCCGUAUUAGGGAUAUGUUCAUAUUAGAGAGGUGUCUAUCUGUAUUAGAGAGGUAACCAUAUUAGAGAGGUGUCCGUAUUAGAGAGAUGUCCGUAUUAGGGAUAUGUUCAUAUUAGAGAAGUGUCUAUCUGUAUUAGAGAGAUGUCCAUGUUAGAGAGGUGUCUGUAUUAGAGAGGUGUCUAUCUGUAUUAGAGAGGUAACCAUAUUAGAGAGGUGUCCGUAUUAGAGAGAUGUCCGUAUUAGGGAUAUGUUCAUAUUAGAGAGGUGUCUAUCUGUAUUAGAGAGGUAACCAUAUUAGAGAGGUGUCCGUAUUAGAGAGAUGUCCGUAUUAGGGAUAUGUUCAUAUUAGAGAGGUGUCUAUCUGUAUUAGAGAGGUAACCAUAUUAGAGAGGUGUCCGUAUUAGAGAGAUGUUCAUAUUAGAGAGGUGUCUAUCUGUAUUAGAGAGAUGUCCAUGUUAGAGAGGUGUCUGUAUUAGAGAGGUGUGUGCAAGGAGAGCUUUAAAUAUUUUAUUUUAUUUCUAUAAUGUAUUUUAUAGAUAAGCGAUAUUAAAGGUUUCUACAAGUACCUGAGGAACAGUCUUCUUCCAACGCUGAAACCUGAAUUUUGGUAUGGCCCCUACGACGACAAAGUCUCCAAAGUUAAAACACCUGAUGGCAAUGAAAUGUAUGCCAUUACCACACCUGGCUUCAAUGGCUCAAAAACGUAUCAUCAAGUACAUCCAUAUCCAUCAGGUUACACCGCCGACCGUGCUCAUGCUUGGCUCGUGGGCAUUGCUAGGAUUCGACAGCUGCGAGUGAUCGACAGUUAGUACUGUUUAGUUUUUAUGUAACUAAAGUAGGAACUCGCUGUCUUGAACAGCCAAGUAAAACAGAAAAGGUUAGGAAACUCAAUGCAGACAUAAUAGACCCUCGUUAUCUAUGUUUUUUCUUGGUUUAUGCAAGAAAUGGUCGGUUCAUCGUGCGUAUUGUAUUUUAGCUUGAGCAACCAAUAGCUAUGUUUUCAUUUAACCAUUGUGUAAUUAAUAUCACGACUGGGUAAUUAAACUAACACACUGCUAUUGGUUGCUCUGGCGAAAAAAACAAUACACACGUGACGCUGAAACGACCAUUUCUUGCAUAAACCAAGACAAAAACAUGAGGUAUAUCAUGUCUGCAUUGAGUUUCCUAAUCUUAUUCUAUUGACUAUGGUUUCAGAUAGCGAAAUAACAUACAUACAUACAAACUUUAUUUAACCACGCUAGCCUCAACAACCGUUGGGAGGCUGAUUUCCAUGAGGGGCGUGAAAUAUAAUUUACAAGAAAUGAAGAAAUAUGACGGUGGUUUUUAAUGCACUAUCAUACACAAGCAAGUUUCAACUCAUUCUUUGUUUUAAUAUCGAUUUGAAAGAGCUUAAGGAUUCAGCAAUUCUUGCCUCAUGGGGAGGAUUAUUCCAAUCGAAGGCACCGUUAUAACUGAAGCACCUCUUGCCGAAUUCCUCUCUCAGCAUAGGUGGUGCUAAUCAGUAUCCCUAUUUCUGAGAUUGUAUGUAUUAUGUUCUGAGAUUGUAUGUUUUAUGUACUUUGUCAGUUGAGUUAUCAACUAUAAUCUGAACUAUUUUGACAGGGAUUUUCAGCACAGUCAGAAAUCUGAACUUGCAAAUUCUUUUUCAAUCAUUUUAGAGGGUUGUGUCUUCCCGAAAGGUGUGAAUCACCUAGUUGGACGGUGUUCGCUACCCUACAGCUUUGACAACGAGGACGAAGGUUAUUAUGAAGAAGGCUGGGUACCCAUGAAUAAAAGCAAAAUUGAAGAAGUUCGAAAUGAUAAAUGGUUUAAAUCGCCGUGGUCGUAUAAAACGGGUUGGCAACUCCAAGGCACGCCUUACUGGGGAUAUUUCAAAACCUACUGGGCUGGUGGUAAGUUGAGACAAGUUUCAAAUAUAUUUUAGAAAGAUAAAAAUUGUGUAGAAAAUAAAGCCAUUGCAUGAUAGCCCAAAUUCAGCUCUGUGACCGACGUUCGAUUUCUGUAAUAUACAGUUGUGUGAUUAUAAUUUCACCUCAGUCACAUGUGAGAAGGGUACUUCCAGUUUGACUUUACCAAACACCAUAGGUUUUCUCCAGAUAGUAUUACAUGGCCAAUAAGUGCUAGACUUACUAACACUCUAGGAAGAACAGUUUAGAACUGACAGAAGUAUCCAGUAUAAAUAAAGUUAGUUUAGUUUAGGUUUCCUCCUGUAGUAACACUGGAUCAAUAAGAGAUGAUCCUUACUGGACCUCUAGGAAGAACACUUUAGAACUGAUAGAGUUAUCCAGUAUAAAUAAAGUUAGUUUAGUUUAGGUUUUCUCCUGUACUAACACUGGAUCAAUAAGAGAUCCUUACUGGAACUCUAGGAAGAACAGUUUAGAACUGAUAGAGCUAUCCAGUAUAAAUAGAGUUAGUUUGGUUUAGGUUUCCUCCUUUACUAACACUGGAUCAAUAAGAGAUGAUCCUUACUGGACCUCUAGGAAGAACACUUUAGAACUGAUAGAGUUAUCCAGUAUAAAUAAAGUUAGUUUAGUUUUAGGUUUCCUCCUGUAGUAACACAGGAUCAAUAAGAGAUGAUCUUUACUGAACCUCUAGGGAGAACCGUUUAGAACUGAUAGACCUAUCCAGUAUAAAUAAAGUUAGUUUAGUUUAGGUUUCCUCCUGUAGUAACAUUGGAUCUAUAAGAGAUAUUUUAGAACUGAUAGAGGUAUCCAGUAUAAAUAAAGAUAGUUUGGUGAAUGAAUGAAGAAUGACUUUACUAAACCCAUGUUUUCCUAUCUGUAGGUUUUGUUGCUGAACUCAGCGCCUCGUACGAAGAAGCGAUCAACAGAUCGAUUGAACUAGAAGAGAUGAAAUGGUUGGACGGCAAAACCCGAGCAGUAUUCUUCGAAUUCACGAUCUACAAUCCUUUCACCAACUUCUUUGCAGUGAUCAACAUCUUGACCGAAAUUCUGCCAACAGGCGGUUACUACCCCUACCCCUACAUCGCCACCACUCGUCUUUACCGAUACAUCGGAGCCGAAGCGAAGGUUAUAAUGGCGUUAGAACUUGUAUUUUUUGGUUACUUAGUUUACUACAUAGUUCGCGAAGCGAAAGAACUUCGUGCGCUUGGAAAACGAGCUUAUUUCCGCGAUCCUUGGAACUAUUUUGACUUGUUUGUAAUUGUGAGCUCGAUCAUUACAAUCGUAUUCUACUUCAUGAGAAUGGUCGCAACGAAGGUGGUCAUAAAACGUGCAAACGAAGAUCCUUACUCCUUCACCAACUUCAACUACGUUGUGGCACUGGACGGUUUUGUCAGUGCUUUCAUGGGUUUAUGCGUGUUCGUAUCUUUCCUCAAAUUUCUACGCCUGUUGAGAUUCAAUCGUACGAUUGGCAAACUCUCUUCUACGCUCCGUGCUUGCGUGGCGCCGUUGGCGUCUUUCUUCCUGUUGUUCAUGAUCGUGUUCCUGGCCUACGCGCAGUUUGCAUUCUUAAUUUUCGGGCCAUUUAUGACGGAUUACUCCUCGUUCGACCGAUGCUUGGCAAACAUGCUCGGGAUGACGCUGGGUUCGUUCGACUUCGACGCUCUGAAUGCGACCAACCGAAUAAUUGGACCGAUUUUUUUCUUCUCUUAUAUCUUGGUGAUGGUCAUGAUCCUGAUGAACGUGUUCCUGUCCAUCAUCAACGACACGUUCAAUGAGGUGAACUCUGACAUCUCGAAGCAAUCUAGCGACUCCGAAAUAGCCGAUUUUAUGAUGGAUCGUUUUGUUGCAACAGUCAAACGCACAGGCGCCACGAUUCAACCAAUUUAUAAAGAACCCAAAGAUGAGCUGGAUCAAAACCUCGAUGACAUCGAAGAGCUUUCGGACAACGUGCAACUAGCGCUGCGAAGCCUUUGUCUCGAAAGCAUCCGUCACACGUCGUGGUUCAAAGCCGACAACGUUGAAGAGUCCGACAAGAAACGACAAAUCUUAGAGCUUCUCAUAAUUUCUGGCGAGAAUUUCACGGAAAGCGAUGUAUGUGAUGCAAUUCCGGUACUGGAUACGGUAUUGGCGAAGUACUCCUCAGAUCAGCUCAAGAUCAUCACCAAAAAUUUCCAGGAAAAAUUAGCGCGGGAAGAGAAAGAAGACGCCGAGAAGGCGGAAGAACGCGAGGAUGAUGAUGAUGAUGAGGUUGACGACAGCGAUGGUAGUGAUGACGACAGCAAUUCUGACCGAUACGAGGACGUAUUUGAUGCUAAAGACAACGCAAGGUUUGAUUUCUAAGAAUGCGUAAAAUAUUCUAAGAACUCUUUGAAACAUUCCUAAAGAUAUUCAUAGGUAUUCAUUUUUUGCGCGAUUCCAUUCGUCGCGCCAUCUAAACAAAGACUAAUUUAAGAAGCUAAUUAAAGAGAUUAAGUAAUCAAUAACAUGACAUCAUUAUGAUGUAAUAUCAUGACGUCACUGUGAUGACGUCAUGCAAGAAUAUAUGUAGCUAUGUUUGUACACAUCAUAAGUGAAACUAAAUUAAACCAACUAAAUUAAACUAUAUUUAAAACUAAACUAAAAUAAACUACAUUUAAAACUAAACUAAACUAACUAGACUAUAUUUAAAACUAAACUUUGUAAAAUAUUCUUAUUUCCAACAUUCUCAAAGUAUCACGGAUUUAUCCAGUUAAGAGGCAAUUUUUUUCAAAUGUCGCGUACUUGCGUUGAAAAGUAUUCAAAACCUAAAAUAUUUUUGCCGUCUACGUCACAAAAUUACUCUGUGGUAGCUUUAUCUUCUAGUUUGACAAGUGAAGAAACAUAAAAUAGUCAAUCAAAAUACAAUUAUCAAUGAGGCUUCACAAUUGACGCCAUAUUUGCAGCAAUAUAAGCAAAAACUUAUUGAACUUCAAGCAUCAUUUUCUCUUUGGCAUACCAAUUAAAAUCUCUUCAUUUUAGCAUAAUUUUACAGAUAAAGCACUAAACAUACUUUUCAAGUUUGUUGAACGAUUGAUUUUUUUGGUAUAUAUUGUACUUUACAUUAUAUUAUACUUUUAAUAAUAUACAUGAAAACAUUUUUCAAUUCUGAUUGGCUAUUAAGAGCACUGCAAUUUUCUCGAAAUACAGUGCCAAAAAGUGAAAUACAGUGCAAAAAAUGAAAUAGUUACAAUGCAAAAAGUGAGAAUAAUACAAAAAAAUACAAACAUUACGAGUGACAAAAUUUUCUAACAAAAUUGUUUAUAUUAAAAUUAUCUAUUUCGCAUGUGACCAACGCAUGGAUAUGAUUGCAUAGUGUUUUCAAGUAUAUUAUUAAUAAGUAAUAGUACUGUUUCUCGUGGAAUCUGGAAAAACAUACAUUCUCUGAGUUUUCAAAGACUUCAAAUUUGUCUUUACCCUGGGUGCCAGAGGUUCUUCCACGCUCGUAGAGGGGAUAAUGAGGUAUACACGAGGAUUCCUCGUGUAUCCCUCAUUAUCCCCCCUACCAGCGUGGAAGAACCUCUGGCACCCAGGGUAAUUUGUCUUCAGUCGUCUUUGAAAAACUCACUCCUGCAUGUUUUUCCCAUAUUGCAUUCGAAACCAUACUAUUACCCAUACUUAUGUUAUACUUUUCAGCACGUAUUAUGUAACAUAGAAAAAAACGCCUCCUAAUAUAUUCACACGUCUUUAACACGAGUCGUAAAGACUUAAGCUAUUUUUUUCUCAUUUGACAUUUAAACUUCAACUAUAUUAACUGUAGUAUAUAAAUGUAGAAUAAAAUUACAAAUAAAAUCUCAAUGCAUGUCUAUGAUUUGCAUAUAUUAAAAUUGUUAAACCUAUUUCAGUUAAUGGCAGAUUUUUGACUUCCUUGAAAAAGGGUUAAGCCCUCACUUUUCCGUGCCCAAAAAGAAACGCUCCAUGACAUCUCACAAAAGCUUGCUCAGCUAACAGGCUAUAUGACCAGGGCCCCACGGUCCUUGAAAAUCCUGGAAAGUCCUUGAAACUGAUAAGGUCCUUGAAAGUCCUGGAAUUUUUUUUCAGUAGGCUGGAAAUAAUUGAAUCCUUGGAUUAUUGCCCAAAUGUUUAUUUUCUCCAAUUUCAAUUAAAAUUAUCUAUAACAAUUGUCCAAAAGUUGUUUCGAUGUCAUUUUUUUUCUAAUUGCAUUCCUCUCCUUAAGUUUAAGGAUAAAAGUUAGAUGAUUUUCAAAGAUUUCAGUUUUCCAUGGCGUCCAAGCCUUCAAACGUGUUCGUUACAAACGUAAACAUGCAAACGCGUUUAAAUUAAAUGCUCACGGUUGACUGUAGCUUGCAAACGGUAGUAAACAAAUUGAUAUAAAUAACAAAUAAUUAGAAACUUUAAACCAAACUUUAGGGUUCCGGAACCCUGAGUAAUCGCCCUGAAUUAAUUAAGCAUGCAAAUAAAACCAAAAAGGGGAGCAGAUUUGCAAUUCCGUGGUGAUUCCCACUUUUCUCAUUCCGGGUUUUACAGAUUCCGGCUUUUUCCAUUCCGGGUUUUGCAGAUUCCAGUUCAGUGGUCGAAGUUUAGUAGCCUGCUAGCCCUUUAAGGCCCAUAGGGACCGGACGCGAUUUGGCAACGCGACGCGAAUUUUCAGUUUUCAAUGACUUUUAACUUUAAUAUUUUUCAGUGUUUUUCAAAUAUUCGGGACCACUUAAGCAACUUUAGCUAUUUGGUCUGCAUUUGUAAAAUUUUUACCCGUUGACGAUUUUAUUUGUUUUUGAAAACUGAAAAUUCGCGUCGCGUUGCCGAAUCGCGUCCGGUGUCCCAGCAGAUUUGGACCCCCUCAAAAUGGACCCCCCGAUCCAAAUCUAGACUUGGAUCAAGUCCGUCUCUCAAGAGUCAGAGGGAUUGGACGAGCGAGGUGCAAUAACGCGGGAAAGCUAAAAUCCGCUAGCGAAUAUGGACCGGGGAGUCCAUAUCCGCCACUGGUCUUAUUUCAGAUCAGUGAUAUCCGCUAGCGAAUAUCCUCGACCCGCGAAUUUUAGGGAGGGCGAAACGUGGUUCAUAGACCCACGUGGGCACAGAUACGACGAUACCCACGUGGGCACAGACGUGGGUAUCGUCGUAUCUCUGGUCGUAUCACAGGAGGCCCAGGCUCGAUUUGCCCGCGCCCGCCUGUGCCUUCCUUAUAACGAGGGAAGGAAGGAAACAUUGAGAACAAAAUAGCCCAGACUGGCAUAUGUCACACGAAACUAUCCUCGAUUUUUCGCCUUUAAUGCAUUUCCUUCACAAUUAAUCGAUAUCCCCUGCAAGAAUGAUACCGUAUAACUCUCAAAACAACGAUGCUUUAAUCAAAGAGCUUAAAUUCGCUCUGAAAUCCGUGAGGGAAUAACAAAAUUCGCCCAAAAUAUAUCCGCGUGCCGGGUUUGCUGGACAAAAAGCGGAAGUCGUUGAACAACUCAAAAUACACUCAACCCUGAUUGGACAACGAAAAUCAACAAACAUUUCAAAUUUCUGUAGUCAGUAAUGUAAUAUAAAUUUGAAUCAAAACAAUUGACAAAUGUUGUCGGGGUGAAACCAGUGCAAAUCUAAAUAUUUAAAUUUAAGAAGUUUAGUCAGUAUAAUAACGUUUGUGAAUUGUUUUGAUUCAAAUAAUCAAAUUAUUACAGUACUGUUCCAAGUCAGCCUCGUACCCAGGCGCAAAUAACGUACUAAAAAACAGCAACACUACAGUUUUUUUAUAUAGAUCAGUGGCUGAGCGAGCGCGCGGGGGUGCUUGGGGAGGACUUGGGAAGCGAGGCGCCUGGCAGAAUUUGCAUACAACAUGGCGGACGAUUUAUUAUUCAUAAAUGCAAAUGAGGAAAUUGCUCAGAUUCUUUCUGAAUUUGAAAGACCGAUUCACAGAAAUGUAUGCAUGGGAAAGGUUUUAUGUCCAAAUGAGGAGUGUAUUAGUAGAAGGGAUUUUUUUCUUGAAAAUGGUAUUUGUCAUCAUCUCCGAAUAAGGCAUAAGCAAGAAUUUACAAGUGAAGCAAGAGACGAAUCCAUUCGUAUUUGCAAGAUGUUACACGAACAAGAAACACGGGAAUGCAUGGAUAAGAUAUUUGACUAUCGUAGAAUAAAGGUAUGUACCUCUAUCUGUAUACAUUGUUUCAUACUCUCUUCGUUUUAUUAAUAUAUUGAAAUUAUAAAGUAUAUCAUACGCCGUUAAUAUUUAUAAAUAUUUCCAAAUUUAUUUUUAAUAAUAUAUUUAUAUAGAAAGAAAGUUACAAAGAUGUAACCGUAACUGCUUGUGGACGCAACAUGGAGUGCACUGUACCAAACGAGCGUGAAGCUGUGCAAUUUAUUUGCCUGCUAUUGUACUAUGGUGGAGCCCUUAAUUCCUACAGCAAAGGAAAUAAAUCGUGUGAUGUUGUGGUUAAAAGCUCUGGGUUACAAGCAAAAUUCCAUUGCUGGUACAUUAAAAAACAAAAUGAUGGUGGUGUGUCUUUUCAGAUAGAAUCAUUUUUUGUUAAACGAGUAAGUCGACUUUGUUACAAAUUAUAUCAUUAUUAACAGUAGAAUGUGGGAAGUUGUCACAUAAUUUGUCAAUAUGUCUUGGACUUUUACAUUUGUGCCACCCAUACAGUGGCGGACACUAGGGGGGCAGCCCCCCCCAAAUAAUUUUGAAAGACUGUAAAAAUGUUGUACCAAAUAACACAAAUCACACUCAUAUAACGUAAUCUGAAAAAAUUUUCUGAAAACUCUAUUCAGGGGAGAUAAUAGAGUUUCAAAACUUUACAAUUGCUCCAAUAAAUCAGUGAAUGCAAGCGAGGAGCGAUUAGUUUCAGAGUAUUUUUUCUAUUUGAGUGUACCCCUACGUUUAUUUUGUAUCAUCAACACUCUGCACGCUGGAGUGGACUAUUUAAUUAUUUUUUAUUAUGCCGAAUUUUUUUUUGGGGGGGUUGAAACUUUUUUUGGAGGGGUGGACAUUUUGUUUGGGGGGAGGGUUAUAGCUAAUAUUGGAGGGGGGGUUAGCAACCCCCUGCACCCUGCACAAAAUCCAUCUAUGCAUUUUUAUAAGACCAAUGAGACUAAAACUAAUUUUUAUUGAAUAUCAGAGAUCAUAAUUAGCCAAUUAAAUGCCCAUAAUUAAAUUAAAUUAAAAAAAUAUUAUUUGGUUAGUAAUUUAUUUUUCUCUUAUAGGACCAUAGAUCACAUAUGCCUAGUACACCAAUUGCAAAUAUUGUGUCGUUAAGUGAUGUGAUGACAACAGAAAAUAAUAUUCCACAGCCAUCUGGCGACGUCCACCUUGACAUACUUCGAAACAUUUUCCAGCAUGAAAACUUUCGUGGUAUACAAAGGAGAGUGAUAGAUGUAGUUACAACAAAUAAAGAUGCCUUAGCAGUUAUACCAACAGGGGGAGGUAAAUCAAUGUGUUAUUGGAUUCCAGGUCUGUCAAGCACAGGCAUUACUGUUGUAAUUACACCUUUGAUGGCACUAAUAAAUGAUCAGGUUUCAAAAUUACGAAGCUAUGGGAUAAAUGUCUGUUGUGUCAACUCAAGUAUGACCCCUGAGGAACGGGACAUUAUAUUUCAUGAACUAACCGACAAAGAAUCACCUUACAAAUUUUUUUACUUGACACCAGAGUUUGCCAUGUCUCCACCCGCUACAGCAUGUUUUCAAGCAAUGUCAGAAAACAAAACAUUAUUGCGGUUUGUAAUUGACGAAGCACACUGUGUUGACACAUGGGGACAAAGUUUUAGACCAUCAUAUGCUCAGCUUAGUACACUUAAGCAGUUUAACCGACCCACUGUGGCGUUUACAGGAACUGCAACAAACCAAACAAAGCAGAGAAUUGUGGAGAAACUAGGCUUGGUUCAACCUGUCAUUCUUCAAUCAACCUGUAACAGGGGCAAUUUGGUUUUCAGAGUAAUCAACAAAAGUGGUCCACAUGCCAAAGAAGAUGUAGUCAAGCAUGUUCAAGAAAACUUUUUAAAUGUUUGUGGUAUUGUGUACUGUUUUAGUACCAAAGACACUGUUGAGUUGGCCUACAUAUUUAAAUCCAAAGGUGUUUCAUGUGUAUAUUACCAUGGUCAACUUGAUUACUUUGAGAGAACUGACAAUGCUCGAGCUUGGUUAUCAGGAAAGGCACAGGUAAUAUGUGCUACAAGUGCGUUCGGAAUGGGCAUAGAUAAACCUGAUGUCCGUUUUGUGAUCCACCUUAGCUUACCUAGGUCUCUUGAAGAAUACUAUCAAGAAGCUGGGAGAGCUGGUCGUGAUGGAAACACCUCUUAUUGUAUUCUCAUGUUUCGGUUUGAGGACAGAAAUAAACUGAUCCAGCUAAUUUACAAAUCAACAUCUGAAGAUCACAUGGAAUUCCAGACACAUUCAUUGAACAGAGUUGUGUCUUAUUGUAUGUCAUCAAUAUGCCGAAGAAAGCUCAUCCUAGAAUACUUUGAUGAUGGAUUUGAUAUAAACUGUAAUGGAUCAUGUGACAAUUGUCUUACAACACCACCAUUACCCAAGGAUUACACCAUGGAAACCAUCAACACAUGUAUUUGUCUUGAAGAAAUGUUGGCAGUUCAUGCCAAGAUUAAUGUUAAGCAGCUUGCUCUCACUUUCAAAGGCUCAAAGUCAAAGCGUGAUAUAGAAGCAAAAGGAUUUCACCUAAUUCCCCAUUAUGGCAUUGGAAAAAAUGCUUUUAAAAAUGACGCGGACUCAAUUAAAUUUGUGCAACACCUUAUCAUCAAUGAAGUUUUAAUGGAAAAUAUCCGUGCAGUGGACGACAGAUUUACAACAACAUUUAUUACACUUGGGAAAAAAGCAAACUUG